AUGGCCGCUCACGAUUCAUGCAGGACCAAAGCAGUCGAUCUCGAGAACGGGAACCUGAAAAAGCACACUCAUUUCCGGCAAGGCGAGCCCUUCCCCUUUGAUGUCGGCGAUAAGCUUGGAGAAGGCGGAUAUGCGUCCGUGGAUAAAGUCUAUAGCUCCCUUAGCGGCCGUACCUAUGCCCGUAAGAGGUUCCGGAGAACUAAAGCGAAUCCAAGCGAGGUUCAAAGCUUCAUGACCGAGCUGCAGGUCUUGAAACGCAUCAAUCAUCAACAUUGCGUGGAGCUAGUUGCUAGCUACACUGACUCUAAGUACUUCGGACUCCUCAUCUCUCCCGUGGCCGAUUACAAUUUGUCGGCAUUCUACGGCGUUGUUGCGGGUAAUGAAGAAAAUCAGAAGAUACUGCGUAGUUUCUUCGGUUGCCUGGCGCACUCAUUGCACUUCCUGCACCAGAACAAGAUACGGCAUCGAGAUAUCAAGCCGGAGAACAUUCUUGUUAAGGGGUCCGCGGUGUACCUCGCAGAUUUUGGGAUAUCAUUGGACUGGGAGAACCUUUCUCGCAGCACCACGACCGAAGACUCCGGCAAAUCAUGGACCUAUUGUGCGCCCGAAGUCGCGCACUAUGAGAAACGAAACUCAUCCUCUGAUAUCUGGUCCCUGGGCUGCGUGUUCUUGGAGAUGUUGACAAUCCUCAAAGGCUUCACUGUCCAUGACCUCCGAGACGUAUUACGCAAA